GUAACUCAACAAUAGAUCAGACAUUGCAGUAAUUUCAAGUGAACAGUAAUUUAGGUUAGGUGCAGUUUGUAGUUUUAAAUGAUUUAACGGAGUUAAACUUUUUGAAUAAACUUUUUAUUUAUGUGCAGCAUUGCAGCUAUGGUGAAUUGGACAAAUAAUAAAUAUUACUAUUUAACGAUGGCUGAAAGUUUUUAUUUCCAAGUAGUGCAAUUCCUCUAGUUUGACAGUGUCAUACAACCGUACAUGCAUGCAUGCAUGCAUGCGCGAGAACAGUGAUUUGCAGUCUUCACAAUAAUUUAUAAUUAACUUUUCACAAUUUAUUAAAAUGAAUUGAAACAUUAAUUCAAAACUUGCACUUGUUCUCGUGUCACAUAGGUUAAAUUAUGAUUUCUUAUCAUUAACGAAUCAGUUUUAAUUAUUUUAUUCCGUCUUGUUUUUAAGACGUUACGAUGAAACUUUUUGCUGUGGUACCAUCAACUGCACAUUUUUCCCAUUUUAAUUUGAAAGUUUUAAUUUGAAAAAUUGCUGUUUACUCUUGUUCGUGAUGGCUGGAAAUGGCAGCAUAGUGGUGUUAUGUAAAGGAUUAUCCGAAAGUAAUGACAGGCAGGAGGCCUAUGUAAAAACGUUGGAAUCUGCUGGUUACACUUGCGAGUGUUUACCAACUUUGCGAUUCGAGUUCGUCAAUAUCUCGGAAUUGCAAACAUGUUUAUCAAUACCGGACAAGUAUACAGGUCUAAUAUUAACAAGUGCUCGUACGGUUGAGGCUAUCGCAAUGGCAGUAAAGGAUAAUACAAAUAUCUUACACCAUUGGAAGCAGAUGCCAGCGUAUUGCGUAGGACCUGCUACAGAAUCCGUUGCGAGAACUCAACUCGACCUGCAACGUUGCAUCGGUAGUCAAUCCGGGAACUCGAAGGAAUUAGCGGAGAGAAUUGUUCUCGAUGUCAAUGCAGACUCGAAGCCGUUGUUGUACCCAUGUAGCGAGAUUGCGCGUGAAACCGUAGCUCGUGUCCUUAAUGAUAGAGGAAUGGCGGUAGAAAAAAUAACAGUUUACAGAACACUGGAGAGUGAAUCACUGAAGCGAGAUUUAUUAGAGAUUCUCAAAAAGUCUCCUAGCAUAUUUGUCUUCUUCAGUCCGUCUACAGUAGAACACGUCGCGACGCAACUCAAAAGAAAUUCCUAUAAUAUAAAAGACGUGAAAGCAGUAGCGAUAGGUCCCGUGACGCGAGACGCAUUGAUUAGUCUUGAUUUCAAUGUACAUGCCACUGCCGACAAGCCUGAGCCAGCAGCUUUGAUGCGCGUGAUCGUAACAGCUGAUAAAUACACGGAGAAAUGAAUUGAAGCGCUUCGUAAAGUGUUAAACAUGAAUAUUUAAAACUUGCUAUGUAUCAAGUGCAAUCUUCUUUCCCGUCAAUCUAUGUAAAAUCUAUCAAUAAUGAUCAUGUAAUGUAUAAAGUGUAAAACAGCCUUAUAAAGUGAUGCCUAAUAUUACAA